CCCCCCCCCCCUCUUCUUCUUCCUCUCUCUCUAAAACCCUCUAUUUCUUUAACCUCCAUAACCAAACUCUAGUACAAAACCAGAGGAAAGAAAACACAUAACUGUGAAUUUAGAAGAAGAAGAAAAAAUAGUAGCGAAAAUGUUGCUGGGGAAGAGGACAAGGCCACCAAUGAAGAGAACAACAAGUAUGACUGAAUUCACCUUAGAUCUCAACCUCAAUCAUGACCCUAAUUCUCCUGUUAAUUAUCAGCCCUUUGAUCCUCACAACCCUUUCACACCCAUUUCUCCUUCAAAUACCCAGCUGCUAGAUCAACAACAACGUAUUUUGACCACAGCUAAAACAAUCCCUACUACCAGAAACCGUCGAAAGUCUGCUGAUUUUGUUGAAACUGCUAAUUUUUUGAAAGCUUGCUUCCUCUGUAAACGUCGCUUGAUCCCUGGUCGUGAUAUCUACAUGUACAGAGGGGAUAGUGCUUUUUGCAGCUCAGAGUGUAGAGAGCAGCAAAUGAAUAUAGACGAGAAAAAGGAGAAGUGUUCAUUGGUUGCAUCAAGGAAGGAUACUAGAAACUCCUCCGUGGGCGGCGGAAAGGGAUCUGAUGUCUCCGCCAAAAGCGAGACUGUCGCCGCCGUUUAGGGGUAGUGGAAAUUAAUCAAGCAUAUGGAGUGAUAUGUAGGCCACUAUUUUACCCACACAAUAUAAUGCAUAUCAAAUCUAUGUAUUUUACAUGUUGUGGGAUGUUGAUUACUAUAAAUAUCUACGUACUCUCUCUAUAAAAUUAUCUGGGCUGCUGAACAAGUUUUGCAAGGUUCAAUUAAUGGUUGACCGAUCAAUUAUUACUAUCUAUGCAGCCAUUCUUAGUGGAAGAAAAAUCUCAAACUGCAGGUUUUAGCAAAACCAUGAUCAUGGUUCUUUUUCUUUUUUAUUUUUAGGUAAACCAAGCUCUUUUUUCUUUUCUUUUUUGGAGUUGGAACUUAGUAGAGCACCGGAGGGUGUGAUGAUUAAUUCUUAUUUUGUUUUUUCUGAAUAAAAGGUGUGGUUUAUAUAUUGUGCAAAUAUUAAAUUAUUUUUGAUGUAUUUUACUAA